CCACGUUUGACGCAUGUGCAGUUGUGAGGAGUGAUUGUCAUAUCCGGUUUGACAAAUCUACGGUCUCGCAGUGAAAUAAACAAAGUUUCCGUUCAUAUUUUUGGUGUCAGUGCAGAUUACCAAGAGCUGAAGAUGAAUGUGGGUGUGGCUCACAGUGACGCUAAUCCCACCCACUCGUACCUCAACAGCAAGGGGAUAUGGAUCACAUACAUCAUCAUCAUCUUCACUGCUCACCUACUCAUCCUCAGUGUCCCCUUCUUCUCAGUAGCAGUGGCCUGGACUCUCACCAAUGUCUUUCAUGAUGUGAUUAUGUUCUGCAUCCUGCACGUGACGAAGGGCACACCGUGGGAGACGCCUGACCAGGGAGAUGCCCGGAUGGAGACCCAGUGGGAGCAGAUUGACUAUGGAAAGCAGUUUACAGCAACUAAAAAAUUUCUCACUAUGGUUCCUAUUGCAUUAUUUUUCUUGGCAAGUUUUUAUACAAGAUACGACAGAUAUCAUUUUAUGAUGAAUGCAGCUUGCCUCGGACUCAGUAUUAUUCCCAAACUGCCAAUGUUUCACGGGGUGCGUCUGUUUGGUAUCAACAAAUAUUAGUUGAAGAUGUGACCCAUUUCUUCCCGAUCAAGCAAACACUGAUGCUAUACAAAGUCGUCAUGGAUACCACAUAUAUUCUAUCUUCACAUUUAUGGUAUUUUAGUUGCACUUGAGAACGGUAUGGACAUUCACCCUGUGUGAUAUAUUUUUUUAGCUUGUGGCUGUAAAUGAAAUUGUAAGUGUCUGUUUUAUGGGAUUUGUUACGACUUGGAAGGAAUCCAUUGUGUUUAUGUUUUUGAGACUGGUAACAUUCACUCGUGAAUAUUUGAGAAUUCAUUACCCAAAAUGUGCCUCUUGCAGAAAUGUUGUGUGGAAGGAAAUCAUUUGUAAUGAUCUGAUCUGAGAGCUGCUCUCAAUCCUACAAUGUUAAGGAAUAUCUGGUCCUGUCAGUUCUGUCGUUGAGCAUCUGAUUUUUGAAAUAUUGAUGCAAUAUGUCUCCUAAGAAAGGCCCCAUUUCUGGUGUCCCCCGCCGUGAUAUUGCUGAAAUAUUGCUAAAAGAGGCGUAAAACCAUACUCACUCACUCACUCACUCCUAAGAAAGGCUGAUACACAAUAAAAAAAAUAUGCUCCAG